AUGCAUUUAGGUCAUCAGCGAGCUAUAGUCAAUUUGGCAAUGGUUGAGGGUUGGUACGCCGGGUUAUAUGAGUACCUUAAGAGUGAAGUGCAAGACUAUGAAAAUUUAGUAAAAGACCCGAGGCGCAUAUUCAAUGCGGAUGAGUCAGGCUUUCCCUUGUAUUUCAAAACUGGCAAAGUGCUAGCUUCCAAAGGGGCAUCGCAUGUGUACAAUGUGACGACAAGUAAUAAACAACAAAUAACUGUCAUGGUAUGCUUCAACGCCUUUGGUGACUAUUUGCCACCGCUUAUUGUUUAUCCAGGACAACGCUUUCGUGACACGGGAUUAGCAGACUUUCCACAGGCAACGUAUGGACAUAGUGUCAAUGGGUGGAUGGACGGAGAACUAUUUGUUGCAUGGUUGCAACCAUUCGAAUCGUAUGUGACCGAGAAACAAAUAAGUAAACCUGUCCUUUUGUUUGUGGACGGUCAUUCCACCCAUAUGACUCGCUCUGCAGCGCAGUUUUGCGCUGACAAGGGUAUCAUAUUGCAUUGUUUGCUAGCCAACGCAACCCACAUCUUGCAGCCAUGUGACGUGGGUUUCUUUUCCCCAAUGAAAUCGGCGUGGAAAUGUAGCGUAAAAGAAUGGCAACUUAAAAAUAUCGGUGAAGCACUAACGAAACGGGACUUCCCGAUAGUAUUAAAAAAGGCAUGGGAUUGUGUUGCUACUACAGAAGUUGCGAUGCAUGGCUUCAGGAGAUCUGGAUUAUUUCCAUUAGAUUCGAACCUUAUUGACAAAACAAAGUUAGAACCGUCAAACGUUGCUAAUCCGAUCAAAAGUAUGGAAACUAACGCGAACAACCAUCAGGUCACUGCAACUGGAGAUAAUGGCAAUGCAGCUUCAGUUCCAGACAGUCAGGAUGGCAUGGUACCAGACCAUGACGAAUCCUACAAUGCUACCUCUCUUUCAAACGAGAAUACCAAAGCAGAACUAAACGAUAGUAAAAACCAAACACAAAUUACAAACAUACAGAGUAGUGAAGAAGUUGUCAUUACAAAACUAACUAUUUCUGAGCAACCAGGGCCUAGCAGAAUAGUGUCACAGUCUGGUCCUGGCUACGUGUCUCCAGCAUUUGCUUUAUUGAAAGUGCCAGAGCCCAAAGAGAGGAAACGACCUGCAACAUUGCAAAGCAAGUUGCCGAAAGCUAUAUCUGGGACUAAAGCCAUAUAA